AUGAAAGAUUUAAAAUAGUUGGAAAGGAUAGCUACUUAGAAAGUAGUCUAUUUUUAAAAAAGCACUACUUAUUUUCGUGAAUAAACUUUCGCUUCUUCUGUAUCUCGAUUAUAUAAUGCAUAUUUGAAAUUGGUUAACAACUUUGAUUCAUUAGGACAUCAACGGAAGAGUGAAUUAUGUCCUAAAAUUCAGUAGAUAGAAUUUCCUUCAAAGUAUAGAAAGUUGAAAUGCUAGAUUUAUUCUAAUGGGAUUCCAAAAAAACAAAAUUAUAAUUAAACUAAAUUACUUUAAUACUUUAUGUAUUUUAAAAAUGAAACCACUUUUUGA